CUGGAAGAGUUCCUCAAGUCCAACGGCAUUGAGUACGAACAUCACGACCUGCUGAGCGAACCCGCUGCGGUGGAGCAUCUGCGCAGCCGGGGCAUCAAAUCAUUGCCGGUCACCAUCAUCGACGACACAGAAGUCGUCAUCGGCUACUACCCCAAGAAGCUGAUCCCAGCCCUGAAGCUGGAUGUUUCAGUCGACCUGUCGGGCAAGACGGCCUGGCUUGCCGAGAAGUAUGACGCCAUCCUUAGUGCGGCGGUGCGGGCCAACAACCAGUUCAGCCAGGAACAGUUGGACACCAUCGUGCCCUGGCGGCCCUGGAGCCUGCGCGACACAGUCCUGCACAUCCUGGCAUUCCCGGAGAUUGCCUACCUGUCGCACGAGGUGGGCAGCAUGAGCUGGGACGACAUGCAGGCGCAGGACAAGCGACUCGAGGGUGUCACCACUGCUUCACAGAUCGCUGAGUACGGUCUGAAGGUGCGCGAUGACAUCAUCGCGUUCCUGAACAGCGGCAACGCCGAGGGCUUCGAACGGGAGGUGCCGGCCCACUACGGCGGUGAGGUCACCGUGCUGGAGCUGCUCAACAUCGUGCUCAGCCACAGUACGCACCACCUGAAGCAGGUCUACCACUACAUGACCACCGACCUCGGCAUAACGCUGGAGAACCCGGCCACCGACGCCGACCUUGACGGUAUCCAGACGCCGGACGCGCUGAUUUAG